UAUGGGCAAAACCAAUAAAUUCUGGUAUUUUUGGAUUGAUAAAUCUGGGCCAAUUUAUCGGAAAUCUGCUAUUGAGGAUCCUAUCCGCUUUACUGCUGCUGUAAAGAAAUGCAGAUUUUCCACACUCAAAUUUGCACCAGAAAAUCUGCGGCAUCCACCCUGUGUGAAUAUAACCCUAUCCAAAUAAAACAAAAUAAAAAACAAACAGAAAGAGCGUAAAACCAGUGUAUGGAGGCUUAUCAACAACAGACAUGUAUGGGGUGAGAGCGGGGUCUCCUGCAGCAUCUACUUUACUCUGUACGUCUAUCCACUUCUUUCAUAUGCAGAAUAGAUGUGUAAGCAAAGACUAGGUGGAUUUCUGCCUUUGUAAUACGCAGGCUAUAGGUGUCACAUAAUGCAUUAAUGGAUGAUUCUGGAAGUUAUUAUCUUUAGUCAAAUAUCUGCAGUAGUAUUCAAUUGAAGCCAGGCUACUCUCCAUCAAUGGUAUAAUCCAACAGGUAAUAUGAGCUUUCGAGAAAUCCUGUUACCAGUCGAUCCAUAAUGAUGUUUAUUCGAAGAUAAAUGUCACAAUGUUUUAUCCAUACGAAAUCAGGGCCACGCCAGAAACAUUUCAUACAUGUAUUAGUUGUGACCUGACCGUGGUACAAACAUCAUGCCUAUUAAUGACUUUACCUAUAUAAAAUGGCCAAGAGCAGACCCAAUCCUCACACUGAAGUACACCUGCGGACCUCUCUCCACCUGAGACCACCUUCUCCAUAGCCAGCAAGCAAUGGCUUCAGGACUAUGCUCUUCUCUUGGACUGUUGCUCAUCAUAUGCCUUCAAAGCCCACCGGGGUUCAGUGCUUUCCCCCAAAUACCUCUGGCCAGUCUUCUCAAUAAUGCUGUCAUCCGGGCACAGUACAUUCACCAAGUGGUGGCAGAUACAUACCGAGACUAUGAACGAAUGUUCAUCCGUGAAGACAAGAGAUAUUCUAAUAAGAACACCUAUGCAAUGUUCUGCUACUCAGAGACCAUCCCAGCCCCGACUGACAAGGACAACACCCACCAGAAAUCAGACAUGGACCUGCUCCGGUUCUCGCUCACCCUCAUUCAGUCUUGGAUGACGCCGGUGCAAUCGCUUAACCGAAUGUUUACCAACCAAGUGUUUGGGAAUGCAGUCUACGAAAAAUUGAGAGACCUCGAAGAAGGACUGUACGCUCUUAUGAGGGAACUUGAUGACGGAAACGCCCGUAAUUUCGGCCUGCUGACGUUCACCUAUGACAAAUUUGAUCCCCAUCCCGACACCGAUGAUGAGGCAAGGGUUAAGAACUAUGGUCUCCUGUCCUGCUUCAAGAAAGACAUGCACAAGGUGGAGACUUACCUAAAAGUGAUGAAGUGUCGGAGGUUUGUAGAAAGCAACUGCAUGGUAUAAAUGAAUACCGAAAAUGGCUGCCCUUCUACAAGUCGCCCAGAAACCUGCUGCAUUUUAUCAUCAGUUGUUUGGGGGAAAUCUGAAUUUAUGUGAUGUUAUUAUUACACUUGCUGACCAAAGAAUAUAUG